ACAAGACCCAGCCAGUCAACCGUCUUGCAAACGCAGCCUCGCUCCCCCUCUCCCGCAGACCUCCACAUUCAUCCAUCGGAGUUCUUGGGCUUCCUGAUCGUCACACUACUCCCGCUGUGAAAGCUCUCUCCACAUCGUCCCCUGGAUCGAAUCCCUUCCAAAUUCUUGUGCGCUGUUGACGUCGCUCACCGUCGUUGAUCCCCAGAGCAGAUUGUUGCCAACUGCCAGCACGAUGUCGAGUCUGGACGUCGAGGCCUUACUGGCCGCCACGGAGAAGGAGGCCAACGAGAAGAAGCUGGCGAUGCAAAAUGAAAGCCAUGCUGGAGAGGACAAGAAACACGGCUCCGACCGUGGCACCGACCGCCACCGCGACGACAACCACGACCGCCACCGCCACCGCCGCGAUGACGCCGCCCGCAGCGACACUGGUAGCAACAGCAGCCGCCACGGAAAUCGAAGCAGCCGAGAUGGUCGCCGCGACUACAACAGCCACAGCCGACGCGACGGAGACUACUACCGUGGAGGACGCGGCCGUUCCCGUUCUCGCUCCCCUCGCCGCCACCACUAUCGAGAUGAACGCGACCGCCGCGACCGUCGUGAUCGAUACGACCGACGUGACCGAUAUGACCGCUCUGACCGCCGCCCCGCGGACCACGGCCGAGGACGUGAAGAGCGCCGCUCCCACACGCCUCCCCCCAACGACGAAGAGCGUGACUGCCGCACCGUCUUUGUUCAGCAACUCGCAAACCGUGUUCGAACCCAUAAGCUCAAGGAGUUUUUUGAGGAGAACGCCGGCCCAGUCAUCGAGGCGCAGAUCGUCAAAGAUCGCGUCAGCGGAAGAUCCAAAGGUGUUGGCUAUGUUGAGUUCAAGGAUGUAGAGACCGUUCAAAAGGCUCUUCAACUCACUGGCCGACCCCUUGAAAACAUCCCCAUCAUUGUAAGGGUCACUGAAGCAGAGAAGAACCGUCAAGUCAAGAAGCCAGACGACAGCGGUCAAUCUAGCUCUGCCCCCUUCCACCGCCUGUAUAUUGGAAACAUCCACUUCAAUGUUACGCAGGAAGAUCUCGAGGCGGUCUUUGAACCGUUUGGCGAACUCGACUUUGCCCAGCUGCUGAUGGACGAGAACGGUCGCAGCAAGGGUUAUGGCUUUGUGCAGUACAAGGAUGCGGAGAACGCGCGAGACGCAAUGGAUAAGAUGAACAAUUUCGAGCUCGCCGGUCGUCCCAUCCGUGUUGGCCUGGGCAAUGAACGCUCCGGUGCAGGUGCUGACGCAAGAAACCACGGCCCCAAUGGAAAUUUCCAGGGCUCCGCCUUUUCUGGUGCAGGCGGCCGCGGUCCGACCGCAGGGUUCGACCGCGCCGGCGGUCGUGAUGACCGAAACGGUGGUGGCAGCGCGCUGGACGACACCGAUGUCGCAGGGGUGAACUUCAACAACUACAGUCGAGACGCGUUGAUGAGAAAGCUUGCCAGGACCGAAGAGCCCGCCGGUGGCAAAGACGAUGCCCAGGCUGCGAAGCCCCGUGUCGACGUGAAGCCCUUGCCGGUCAACGUCAACACGGCGAGCCGGUGCAUCGUUUUGCGAAACAUGUACGACCCGGCCGAGUAAGUAGUUGCAUUUCUACUCCCCUCCACUGGUAAGCAGCGCUGACGGUGACUCCAGGGAGCAAGACGAGAACUUCAUACAGGAACUCGAAGAGGACGUCAAGACUGAGUGCGAGGCCAAGUAUGGUCGCGUCGUGCACAUUGCCGUCGACCGAAACACACCCGGCGAAGUUUACCUCAAGUUCGACAAGGUCCAAGGCGGCGAGAACGCCAUCAAGGGCCUCAACGGACGCUACUUCGGAGGUCGCAUGAUCAACGCAUCCCCCGUCGUUGAUGCCAUUUACAGCAGCAUCUUCUCUCGCGCCCGAGCCGUCUAAUCUUGAUGAACUCAUUGACAAUGGGGAGAACCGUUUUCGGCUCCAUCUAGGUUUUCGACAGGUUUGUAGCGUCCAAUCCACUAUUGCAGAGUCUUGACUAAGUGCUCCGCGUGCAGUACGCCCAGAUACAAAUUGGUCUGGCCCUGCGUGCUAUGUUUGAUACCCAAAUUUCCUUUCGUUUGUGCGACGCUCAACCCGCCAACACUUGGUCGUCUGUGGCUGAGAUUUUAACAUUGCUUUUCUCAGAUGCCACGACCUUGAUACCCAUUUGCUACCAUCUCAUGGUGGAAUUUUGAAAGGAGGCCAUUCCUCCAAUUAAGUGGUUGUCCAGCGACGUAUUGACCCAAGUCGACAACCGAGCACGCAAUGAUCGGAACCGCCGUACCAAUAUGCACUACACGAUCCAGGAUCUGGCUGGGUUUGGAGUCUCGUCAAGCUCACCGCCAAACGAAUCCGGCUCUUCGCCAUGUGACAAGGUCACAUAGUGAUCACACUGAUGUCUGUACGAACACACAGGAGUGAGCCUCUUCCGUUGGCCGAGGAGGGGAAUUUUGCUUUCCAGGGUACAUGGGUAGGGCGUAGGCUUGGAUGCCCGACGACUAGGGUAAUUUUCCAAAGGAAAUGAAUGUCAAAAGUACAUAGUGCACAACUGGCCCU